UUGCACACCGCGCGUAUUGGAGUUUACUAAGAGUUUCAUUUGUUUGGGCAAUGUUUGUGACUUGGCCCCGGCAGGCUGCGACUUGUAAACAACACUUCAAGAGUUGCCCCGGACCUCAACUCUGGACGAUGGCUCCCAGUCGCGGACACAGCGACCAUGGACACGUUCAUCUUGCGCAAACGACGUCGCGUGUCUGCGCCGCAGAGCGACCUUGCAACCAGGGUUGACCCUAUACCACAGAUCGAUGAAGACGAGGAAUCGACCGAUGUCAAACUGGCUAUUCUUUCGUCUCUGCACCCACACAGGUCUCAGGAUGACUUGCUCGAAGUCCUGCUCGGCUGUGACGGCUCCGUGGACGCUGCGAUCAAAGCCCUCGCGGCUCCAGCAAUGGAUCCCUCUCCGCCACCGAAACGUCGGAUGACAGGUGCUAGUAUGCAGACUGGUCUGCCAUAUGCGUCAGAGAACAAGAGUCCGUCAAAGUCAUCAGGACAACAACCGCUGACUAGAAAGGGCAAAACUUUGCACCUGUACACACCUCAAGAUAUCGCAAACCACACACCCUGUUCCAUAAUCCACAAUUUCCUGCCCUCCGACCUUGCAAACGCCCUUCUGGAAGAGCUCCUUGCCGAAGUUCCCAGCUACGACUCCAUCCAAUUCAAGAUAUUUGACAAUGUCGUCAAAUCCCCGCACACAGCCUGUUUCUACGUCGACAGCCUAGCAGAUGUGGAACGGCAGAGAAGCGAGUAUUACUACAACGGCAAUGAUCUUGGCGACGUCAGGCAGAUUCUCCCUGUCAUGAAGCAAGUCAGCGGUCUUGUUCGUGAUGCCGUAAACGAGGAGAUUGCCAUUCGGAUCCGCGACUUUUAUCCUGACGGGAAAAAACUAAAAUACCAGUCGCCCCAGAUCUGGAAGCCCAACGCCGCCUUCGUCAAUUGCUAUGACGGUGGCGCGCAACAUGUGGGCUAUCACUCGGACCAACUCUCCUAUCUUGGACCCCGGGCCAUCAUAGGGAGCUUGAGUCUCGGAGUGGCUAGGGAGUUUCGCGUUCGAAAAAUCGUGCCCAAGGACGAUCGCAAUGAAAAUGACAAGUCUGGAAGCACUUCUUCCGCAGCGGACGUGUCGGGCCAAAUCGCAAUCCACCUCCCGCACAAUUCUCUCCUCGUGAUGCAUGCCGAGAUGCAAGAGGAAUGGAAACACAGCAUCGCACCGGCCCUAACAGUCACGCCGCAUGCUAUCGCCGGUAACAAACGCAUCAACAUUACCUACAGAUGGUAUCGAGAAGAAUUUCGCCCCAAACACACUCCAAAGUGCAAAUGUGGGGUCCCUUGUGUGCUAAAAACAGUACAGAAACAGAGAGCUAAUCGGGGAAGAUAUAUGUGGAUGUGCCAGGUUGGAAAUAAGCCGAGUGGUGGCGAGGGAUGUGGGUUGUUCGAAUGGGCGAGAUUUACUGAUGAUGGUGUCCCUGUCGGUUGGAAGGAUGGUGCAGGAGAUGAAGAUGGUGGGCAAAAGGAAAGCGAGGGCCAACAAACGACGGACGAGAAGACUGGCCCACCAGACCACCAGAGCAUUAUCCACAGGGACGAGCAACAAAAUGUAUAAAUUUCUCCCUAUUGGCACCUAUCUGACGAGGGACAUGGACGUUGAGGCCUGCAACUUGCUCACUCUCCGUACUAUGUGCUUUCUGAUAGAUUUACCGACAACUAGGGAUCAGCUCCAAAGGAGUAGGGUGGAUUGAGGCCGCCGGUGAUGGUGACCCCAGGCAGAGUGCCCUCUCGGAACUCGCGAGCCAUCUCUUCGAAUGUACACCACUCCACGCCAGCAUGGGCGUUGAUGUAGUCGAUGAGCCUCUCGUGCAUCAGGAUCACCUGCGCCUUGCCGCUGACCUGCGGGUGAAUGGAGAUGGGGAAGAUGAACUGGUCGUACUCGCGGUAGUAGAAGUCGAACUGGUCCUUCCACAGGCGCUCGACGACGGAGGGGUCGACGAAGCCGUGCGUGCUCGCCUGCUUCAGGUUC